ACAAAAUACUUUUUCCGGAGUAGGGAUCCCGCAGCAUAGGAAGGCACCAUGCAAAAUGUUAUUUAAUGUUUUGGUGAAUUGCAGCUUUAAGAUUAUUGCAUUGCAUUAAAAACCUGAUGUCUGUGUAAGAACAUAACAUACAAAGCAAAGGAGUUGACUAAAAUACAUUUCUGAUUCGUUGUUAGUGAGUAUGAGCCACUGUGUUCUGUAAACACGUGAAGUGUGAUGCCCUUCAGGAGCUCCACACAACUGAACUGCCUGUAAGGCUAUUGGUAAGUGUUGCAGAUUUCAGAGGAUUUUAGAAUGAGUGAUGUCACCAACAAGGCAAGUGGUGUCAUAGAUUGAGACAUACAACCUUAACUCAGGAUGCAUCCGGAUCUGUCGCCCCAUCUGCAUACUGAUGAGUGCAAUCAGCUUAUAACACUUCUCAAACAGUGCCACAAAGAGCAUAACGUCCUCAAGUUCUUUGGAACAUGUAAUGAUGUGGACCGUGCAAUGCGUGAUUGUCUCAGAAAAGAGUAUCAAUCAAAAAGGGAGCGCAGCAAAGCCCAUGCAGAAGAAAUGAGAAGACGUUUGAAGGAACAACCAAAAGAACAUCCAUAAGAUCAAGAUUGCACCCUUGAAGCACAGACCUACUUUAGACAUUAACUAGCCUCUAGCUUCUGGGCUUUGUAGGUGACACUUUAAACCUGGAGUACAUUUCUCUGAGGUAAUGUUGAUUAAUUUAUUAUGAACAUUGCAGUAAAUGAAGAAGCUGAGUGUGUUGCCUCUAGAUGCAACACAAGUUUAUUUAGUAGUGUUGAAUUGCAGAUGGUUGAAUUUGAGUUUGAAGCUCCUAAUGGAAAUAUGAACUGUUUGUUUCCAGAUGUGGCCUACUGAUUUGAAACAAAAUUGUCAAAUAGUGUAAUUCAAAUAAAAAAAUCAAAUCAC